CCUGGUGUUCAAGUUUGACAUUGAUUUCUCACACUACGAAUCAUAUACCACCGCUCGAACCGGAUAACACACAUCAUAGUUGAUAUUGUGCAUGAAAGCAUAUCGACUACAAGAUGACCGGGGAAAAAUGUCCGCCAGCCGAUUUGGAGACGUGCAACAGUCCAGAAUGCUCUACUGUUGACGGCGAACGCAACGAAACAGAGCCAACGUCAGCCUUUAAGCAGCUGGGCAUCCUGGAUCAGUUUUUGGCUCUUUGGAUCUUUAUCGCCAUGGCCGUUGGCAUCAUCCUUGGGAACUUUGUCCCUAACACGAGCAAGGCCUUGGACAGAGGAAAGUUUGUUGGUGUUUCGAUUCCGAUUGCGGUCGGGCUGCUGGUUAUGAUGUAUCCCAUCCUUUGCAAGGUCCGCUAUGAGACUCUCCAUCGGUCAUUUUCGGAGAAGUCGCUCUGGAUCCAGGUUGGAUUCAGUAUCAUCGUCAAUUGGAUAAUAGCUCCUCUAUUUAUGCUGGCUCUUGCGUGGGCUUUUCUUCCGGACGAGAGAGGGCUUCGAGAGGGCUUGAUCCUGGUCGGAAUCGCACGGUGCAUUGCAAUGGUGCUUGUGUGGACAGGACUAGCAGGAGGAGAUAACGAAUAUUGCGCAAUUCUAGUCGCCAUCAACUCAAUCCUACAGAUGGUCUUGUUUGCCCCAAUUGCGAUUUUCUUCAUCAGUGUCAUCAGUGGCUCCGACGACGUGACCAUUGAGUAUGACCUCGCGGCGAAAAGUGUCGGUGUCUUCCUCGGCAUCCCGCUGGGAGCGGCCAUCGUCACUCGCCUUUCCUUGAGAUUCCUGGUCAGCAAGGAAUGGUACGAUAAGAAAUUCCUGGCGUGGAUCGGUCCGCUGUCGCUGAUUGGUCUCCUGUUCACCAUUUUGGUGCUUUUCGCCGCGCAAGGAAGGCACGUGGUACACCAGAUUGUAUCGGUUGUUCGAGUAGCAGCUCCGCUCAUUGUGUAUUUCUCUGUCAUCUUUCUGGCGACCCUAGCGGUGACACGCCGCUUCGGCUUUGGAUACAAGCUGUCCUGCACACAAAGCUUCACUGCCGCAAGCAACAACUUCGAAUUGGCCAUUGCGGUGGCGAUAGCCACGUUCGGUGUCGACAGUGACCAGGCCCUUGCUGCGACUGUCGGACCACUCAUCGAGGUCCCUGUACUCCUUGGCUUGGUGUACGCCGUGAAAUGGUUUUCCAAGCGACGGCAGUGGGCACCAUGAUUGCUGGUGUUGACGUGACAAGCCUGCAGGCAUAUAG